AUGUCCAAGAAGGGCGGCAGCAGCCGGGCUAGGGGGGAGAAGCCGGACGCCUUGGCCGCCUUGCAGGCUGCCAAUGAAGAGCUCAGGGCCAAGCUCACCGACAUCCAGAUAGAGCUCCAGCAAGAAAAGAGUAAGGUCAGCAAGUUGGAAAGAGAGAAAAAUCAGGAAGUUAAGCAGAUCAAAGAGCACGAACAGCAUAAAAGUACAGUGGUGGUAACAGAGCUCAAAGUCAAACUUCAUGAAGAGAAAAUGAAGGAGCUCCAAGCUGUUCGAGAAGCACUUUUGAGACAGCACGAAGCUGAACUACUUAGAGUAAUAAAAAUUAAAGAUAAUGAAAUCCAGAGACUACAGACCCUUCUCAAUGCUGUACGCGAUGGGGCUCCUGACAAGGUGAAAACAGUGCUGCUCACGGAGGCGAAGGAGGAGGCCAAGAAGGGGUUUGAAGUUGAGAAAAUAAAAAUGCAGCAAGAAAUUUCAGAGCUGAAAGGGGCUAAGAAACAAGUGGAAGAGGCUUUAACUAUGGUCAUCCAAGCUGACAAAAUUAAAGCAGCAGAGAUAAGGAGUGUGUAUCACCUGCAUCAAGAGGAAAUCAGCAGAAUUAAGAGGGAGUGUGAGAGAGAAAUUCGUAGACUGAUGGAGGAGAUUAAAUUUAAAGACAGAGCAGUCUACGUGCUGGAGAGAGAGUUAGGGGUUCAAGCCGGGCAUGCUCAGAGACUGCAGCUCCAAAAGGAGGCUUUAGAUGAACAACUUUCCCAGAUCAAAGAGUCUGAUCGGCAUCUGAGCAGCCCCAAGCGGGAACUUCCUUAUGCAAGUGGUGCAGGAGACGCUUCAGAUCAUUCGGGAAGCCCCGAACAGCAGUUGGAUGAAAAGGAUGCCCGGCGUUUCCAACUUAAAAUCGCUGAGCUGAGUGCCAUCAUCAGGAAGCUGGAGGACCGGAACGCGCUGCUGUCGGAGGAGAGAAACGAGCUGUUAAAACGUCUCAGAGAAGCUGAAAGUCAGUAUAAGCCCAUUUUGGACAAAAAUAAACGCCUUAGUAGGAAGAAUGAAGAACUGUCACAUGCCUUACGUCGAAUGGAAAAUAAAUUAAAAUUUGUAACACAAGAAAAUAUAGCAAUGAGGCAAAGAGCUGGAACGAUAAGGAGACCGAGCUCUUUAAAUGACCUUGACCACAGCCAGGAAGAAAGAGAAGUUGAUUUCCUGAGACUACAAGUCAUUGAACAGCAAAAUAUCAUUGAUGAACUCUCCAAGACACUGGAAACUGCUGGCUAUGUGAAGAGUGUCAUGGAACGUGAUAAGCUGUUAAGGUAUAGGAAGCAAAGGAAAAAAAUGACACGAAUUCCUAAGAAGCCGGUUGUGGAGACGUUUUUCGGCUACGAUGAAGAAGCUUCCUUGGAAUCUGAUGGUUCCUCUAUCUCAUAUCAAACUGACCGGACAGAUCAAACCCCUUGCACUCCUGAAGAUGACUUGGAAGAGGGCAUGGCCAAGGAAGAGACAGAACUGCGGUUUCGGCAGUUGACGAUGGAGUACCAGGCUCUGCAACGAGCAUACGCCUUAUUGCAAGAACAGGUCGGAGGAACAUUGGAUGCAGAACGAGAAGUUAAGACACGUGAGCAGCUCCAAGCAGAAAUACACCGAUCUCAGGCUCGGAUAGAGGACCUGGAGAAGGCCCUUGCGGAGCAGGGGCAGGACAUGAAGUGGAUUGAGGAGAAGCAAGCAUUGUAUAGAAGAAAUCAAGAACUGGUAGAAAAGAUAAAACAAAUGGAAGCCGAGGAAGCUCGCUUAAAACAUGAUGUCCAGGACGUUAAGGAUCAAAAUGAGCUCCUGGAGUUCAGGAUCUUGGAGCUUGAAGAGAGAGAACGACGGUCGCCUGCCAUCAAUUUCCAUCACGGUCCUUUUACAGAGGGAAAAAGCCCUCUCCAAGUCUACUGCGAGGCAGAAGGUGUAACAGACAUAGUAGUAGCAGAGCUGAUGAAAAAAUUGGACAUUUUAGGGGAUAACGCCAAUCUGACCAACGAAGAGCAAGUAGUUGUCAUACAAGCAAGGACAGUUCUCACGUUAGCAGAAAAGUGGCUACAGCAGAUAGAAGUGACGGAGUCUGCGCUGCAGCAGAAGAUGCUGGACCUUGAGAAUGAAAAGGAGCUGUUCAGCAAGCAGAAGGGCUACCUGGAUGAUGAGCUCGACUUCAGGAAACAGUCCUUGGACCAAGCUCACAAGCAAAUUCUGGAAUUAGAAGCCAUGCUCUAUGAUGCCCUGCAGCAAGAAGCUGGAGCCAAAAUUUCCGAACUUCUUUCAGAAGAGGAGAAAGAGAAACUGAAGAGCGCCGUAGAGCAGUGGAAGCGGCAGGUGAUGAGCGAGCUCCGGGAGAGGGAUGCCCAGAUCCUGCGAGAAAGGAUGGAGCUCAUUCAGCACGCACAGCAGAGAAUUAAAGAGCUAGAAGAAAGAAUUGAAGGCCAAAAAAGACAAAUAAAAGAGUUAGAGGAAAAGUUUUUAUUUUUGUUUUUAUUUUUCUCUUUAGCUUUCAUUCUCUGGUCAUAG